AUGAGGUAUCUUGCGCUUGUGAGUGGUGGAAAAGACAGUAUCUACUCGAUCAAGUGCCUUGAGAAGGAGGGACAUUGUGUUGUGUGCCUGUUGUACAUGAAGAGCUCCGAAGAGUAUAGCGAUUCGUAUAUGUAUCAGACAGUUGGCUCUGAAGUUGCCGAAAUGCUUGGGGAGUGCAUGGACGUACCUAUUUUUGUACAUGAGACGAAGUGCAGAAGCAUUAACCAGCAGCUUGAGUAUACAAAAUCAGAUGGCGAUGAGGUUGAGGAUUUGUAUUGUGCAGUCUUGAAUGCACUGGAACAAGUUGGUUUUGAAGCAGUGUCAUCGGGUGCUAUUCUCUCACGGUAUCAGAAGAGCAGAGUUGAGAGUGUUUGCAGACGUCUGUCUCUCUGUAGUUUAUCGCCACUUUGGCAGAUGGACCAAAGGAUACUGGUUGAGCGAAUGAUUGAAGAAGGCAUUGAGGCAAGAAUAGUGAAGGUUGCAUCCUCAUCGCUCGGAAAGCACUGUAUAGGAAUGGACCUGAAGCAGAUGCUUGAGUGUUUGAGUGAUGAGUUACACAGUGCAGAGACAAAUUUUUGCGGAGAAGGAGGAGAGUACGAAAGUGUGGUGUUGGACUGUCCGAUGUUCAGAAAGCGAAUAGUAAUACAUGAUUAUGAGGUGUACGAGCAUCCGGAAGAGGUGGGACGAAAUGGAUGUGUGUUCUACAUGAAGAUACACAAAUGUGAGCUGAGCAACAAAGUUGAUGCAUUAAUUAAGUUUGAUCGCGAGCAUCAACCCUAA